AAGAAAAUCGAAAUUCCAAUGAAAACGCACAAACUCCUUUCUCUGCAUACAUAUGCUAAUUCACGAUCAACAGUAAUUGUCUCUUCUCCUCGAUGACGGAAGAUGGAAAGCAAGAUCGAAUCUCCUUGAAGGGAGACGGAGAGAGGCAAGCCAUGCGGUUCUCCAGGGCUUAUCAGUUCAUGCCAGGCAGUCGUGCAAUGCGUUGACUCGUCUUACAAUUUUAAUUGUGUCUUAAAUAUUGUGUGACAUAAAUUAAACGGAUAUAUACACGUAUUUAUAUGUGCCAAUUCAUUGAUUUCCGCUGAUCGAGCAGCAAUUAUCGAAAGCACACGUUCUCCAACCAAAGAUUUUCGUCGCGCUUUAACACGACCGGAAGAAGCUUCUUCAGAAAAAGCCGAAUCAAUUUGGAUCUGCGAAUGUACUUCUCAGUAUGGAUAUUCCUAUUUGUACAAUUCACACAAUAUAUUUUCGGCGAGGAAACUAUCCCAGAUUUCGUACAUGGACCAUGCGAAGGUUACAAACAAGGUGAAGAUGAUCUCCAAACAAUUGACUUUAUCAGUAAAUUGAAAUUGGAUCUUUUGGAGACACAUUAUACUGGUGUGACACGAGUAAGAGGUAGUAAUCGUAUGCAAACAGCCUAUAGAUUGGAAAAAGACACUGACAUUACUCUGCCAACCAAAAAUAUAUUUCCAAACGGAUUGCCAGAAGAAUUCAGUGUAGUUUGCACAUUCAGAGCCAGAAAACUAUCGAAAUAUACUUGGCACAUUAUCAAAAUCGUCGACAUGGAAAACGAGCCCCAAUUUUUAAUCGCAAUGAACCCAAAAGGUCAAACUUUGGAUUUGUUCGUGAAAAGUGAUGAAAUGCAAAUAGUAUCGUUCUCAGCCGAUCAUAUAUUCGAUAAGAAUUGGCACAAAAUUGAUAUUGGAGCCUUCAAGGAUAGGCUGGUGAUAUAUAUCGAUUGCGAAUAUGUUGGCACACAAGACGUGAAGCCAUGGGGUCCGAUCAAAGUGGAUGGCGAGAUCUCGAUAUCAAAGAUGUCGCAUAGUAAGCUCACUGUACCGAUCGAUAUACAAUGGAUGGUCUUAAAUUGCGAUCCUACGAGACCUGAGAGAGAGACCUGUGAGGAAUUACUGAAGAGCCUUAGCAGCCCUUUAUUACCUCAGAGAAGACUUAGCUGUGAAAUUAUCUGUCCACAGAGAUCUCCUGAAAUUAAUGGCACUAAUGGUUUACCUGGUCUACCCGGAUUACCUGGGCCACCUGGACCACCUGGACCAAUUGGACAACCUGGUUUACCUGGACAUCCAGGUUUACAAGGACCGCCUGGCGAGCAAGGCAAAAUAGGGCCGCAAGGGUUUACUGGUGCACGAGGAUUUACUGGUGGUCCAGGUCCUAAGGGCUCUUCUGGACCUAUUGGACCACCUGGUCCAAAAGGAGAAUGUGGAGAGAGAGGUGACAUGGGAUUUCCAGGAUUGAAAGGAGAUCAAGGUCUUCCAGGGCCACGAGGUUAUCCAGGACCUCCAGGAAAUAUUAGCGAUUAUCGGGAUUCUUUAUCACGAUUUACAGGAUUACUAGGUCCUCAAGGAUAUCCAGGUCAAAAUGGUUCAAAAGGAGAGAAAGGGGAUCGCGGGGUUAAAGGAGAACAAGGCCAAAAAGGUGAAACAGGAGAAAAAGGUUAUCCAGGUCAAAAUGGAUUUCCUGGAAUAGAGGGAAAAUCAGGACUUCCUGGUUUUCCAGGUCUUAAAGGAGAAAUAGGAUUUCCUGGAAUACCGGGUCCACAGGGAUUACCAGGUCCUCCAGGUGAAAUUGGCGCUCCUGGAAUUCAAGGAGCAAAAGGAGAAGCUGGAGAACCCGGUCGUGAUGGUUUACCAGGUUCAAUAGUUGGUUCAAUAGUACCAGGACUACCUGGUCCUCAAGGUCCCCCUGGAAUACCUGGAAAAGACGGUCUUCCAGGAAUAAAAGGAGAACCUGGUCCUAUUGGUCCACCAGGUCUUCCAGGAUUACAAGGAAAAAACGGUCCUCCUGGUUCUCCAGGACCACCGGGAUUACAAGGUUUAUCUGGAGAAUCAGGUUCUCCAGGUCCUCAAGGAAUAGUUGGCCCUAUUGGAAAACCAGGAUUACCAGGACUCGAUGGACAACCUGGAAAUAAAGGUGAUAAAGGUCAGCAAGGAGAACAAGGAUCUGUCGGGCCACGUGGUUUACCUGGAAGUAUUGGUGCGCCAGGUUUACCUGGAGUUGCUGGUAUUCCAGGCUUAGAAGGACGAUCAGGUUUACCAGGUCCUCCAGGACCUCCUGGACCACCGGGUUCACCUGGAACUAGUACAGAAAUGUUAAGUACAAAUAAUGUAUUAGAAACUAUUGGUAGUCCAGGAGUUAGUGGACCCAGAGGUCUACCAGGAGCACCAGGAUUACCAGGUGAGAGAGGACCUUCUGGAGAAAGAGGUCCAGAAGGUAAAAUAGGAUUACCUGGAAUACCAGGAAAAAAUGGAGCUCCAGGACUUCAAGGACCACCAGGAAUUAGAGGACAAACUGGAAUACCAGGAGUUCAAGGACCACCAGGCCGGAGUAUCACCGAUUCAGAAAUUCGAGAAAUAUGUGCCAGUGUAUUACGAGAGCAGAUGACUGAGAUGGCAGCACAAAUACAAGGUCCACCUGGUCCACCUGGCCGAGGCCGUCCAGGUCGUCCUGGAUCACCUGGUCCACAAGGUCGUCCAGAGAAGCUGAAAGAACUAACAGAAGGUCUACGAGGACCACCCGGGUUGCCGGGGUUGGCCCGACAGGGCCGUCCCGGUCGAGCCGGAACCCAGGGCAUCCCAGGUGAUCCAGGUCUUCCAGGUUUACCUGGGGAACGUGGUUUUAAUGGUUUACCAGGACCACAAGGUCAUAUAGGACCUCAAGGUCCACCUGGUGAACGGGGAGAAAAAGGUGAUAGAGGUCCGGAAGGUGUCGGUGUAGAAGGUCCUAUGGGUCCAAGAGGACCGUCUGGACCACCUGGCAAUGAUGGCGUUGGAUUACCUGGAAGGCAAGGAGAACGUGGAGAAUCAGGCAGACCAGGUAUUCCUGGGAUGAGGGGACCACCUGGACCCCAAGGAUUACCUGGUUUUUGUGAGUUAUGCAAUUAUUCAAGUGCUAAUUAUUUACAAUAUACUCGCGGCAAUGAGAAAGGACCUUAAUUUAUAAAUAUUUUUAUUAAUUUUAAAAAAUAAAAUUUUUAACCGUAAAAAAAAUAAUUAAUAACUAAAAUAUCAAAUUUUUUGCUCAAUAAUACUAAAAAUAUCUUUCAAAUCAUUGUCGUAUGAUAUAUAUUUCUUCUUUGUAUAUUUACGUAAAAUAAGAAUUCAUGAAAAAUGAUCUAAUUGAACUAUUAUUUAAUUAUAUAUUGUAAUUCAAUCAAUAUAUCAAAUUAGAUAUUUCUAAAUAUUGUUAUGAGUGAAUAUUUUUUUAAAUAAAAAUAAAGUAAAUAAG